CGGGAUAAGAACAAAUAUUAACAAAUAUUUGCUAUGUGAUUCCGACACAGACAGAUAGACAGACAGACAUCUAACUUCUAAGCGAUAUGUAUAGUUCCCCCACAUAAGCUUCCUCCAAGAUCAUAUCAAAAAUAAAAACAAAAACAAAUUGAACAAAGUUAGUUCUCUCAUCCUACGGUAGUAAAUAACCAAGGUUGACGAAAAAAUUCCUUCAUUCAUGCAAGGUGAUAGAGCUUCUUUGGUAUUUGCUUUUUUUUGUUUUCUGUCUGCUGACGAUGAUGGUUCUUGUGAUGGGAUCAUAUUUCGACCGAACCCAGCAGUGGGUUUAAGUUUGGGUUGGAUGGGUUGCGAUCUUGUGAUUAAUCUACCUAUCUUAACUUUUUUUUCUGAUUUUUUUAUUCUAUUCAUUUAUUUUAUUUAUUUAUUUGUUGAGCUUGUAUAUAUGACAUCUUUUUCCUAUUCAGGGCCUCAAACUCCGGAGUCCGAUGGCAUAGGAAUAGGAGAUAGUAAGUUCAUGACAGCGUGGUUCGUGCUAGGUAGCCGUCGCUUCCUUCCAUUUCAUUUAUCCUCCAAUCUCCCUAGCCUAGAUACCUACGGAGUAGGCCCACAAUCUCUUUUAAUCUAUUUGCGUACCAGGGUUCGGAAGGACUAUUUAUCUAUCUAUCUAGAUAGUAUCUCCGCUGAGAAUGUCACAAAGUACCCUCUAAUCGCGUCAAAUUGCUAUUUCUAUCCCAAAGAAAAAGAAAUCAACAUGGUCGGACGGAAUCGAGGUUAAGUUGAGCCCAGCCCCAGACUAGUGUCGCAAUAGUCGCGAUUUAGUCUCCCCCAUUUUCUCCUAUCUGAACCCUGAUCCUGAUAGAGAGUGGAGGGAUGCUCUGCGCCACAGAGUUGCCACAGCUGAUGAUGGAUCGUGAUUGAUCAAGGCAAGGCGAAUUAAUGUGAUCAUUCUCUACUGUGUAUGGGAUAACGGAUCUGCGUCGGUCUCCUCUUCGGAGAAAUGGAUGCGGUGACGACACCACGGCCCAACUAGUUCCUUCCAGGCCAGCGCCCUAUACUGACUACACUACACUACUGAGACAAUCUGAGAUUCGAGGUGAUCGCGGACAAUCAA